GUACGAAACUCGUGCCACUGGGUCGACUAGGUUCUCUGAAGCCAUGUUUAAGGAAAGAUGGAAGCAGUUGGUGGCAUUCACCUUCGCAGUUCUUCACAUCACCAUCGUUUUAGGGCAGCCAUCAGAAACAGCCAGCCUCCACUCGGAAAAUGGGAUGCAACUCGCAGAAGAAAUGCCCAUAUCAUACGUUGAGUUUCAAUACAUCCCUUCAUAUGGCGACAUAGAGAGACAAGGUUAUUUCACGGAACAACGAAGUAACGGAGGCUUCAUGGGCUUCAUAUCUGACUCAGCAAAGUACAUCACCGAUAUUUUCUCGGGUAGUGUCUCUUCUCCACAUCGUUCCCAAUCGUCGGUUGACGAAAGGGCUUAUCGGCUUCCACCCCGAGCCGUUCAGUCGCGAUUUACACCUGAUAGGAGUGGUCCAGAUUUUACUCCUCAGAGAUUUCGGUCACAUCCUAUGGGCCCUCCUCGUUUUGGUGGCAGGAGACCUCCUUUCCUACGCCACUCUCGACACCCUCCGCGAGAAAACAGAGAUUCAACUGAAGAUCUACCCACAGAGAAACCUGGUUUCUGGACUGGAGGUUAUAGCAGCCAUUUUAAAACAAUUGAUGUGGAUUCUCCCGAACACGAUGAUAAUUAUUACGAUCCAGUUGACGAAGAAAAUCUAAUUGACCGUCGAUAUACUGGCUCUCAAAAUUGGCCUGCAGGAAACUCGAAUCUGGUCUCUAAGGGCGAUCUUAGCGAAGACAAAUUAAUUGAUCUGCUAACAUCGAAUGCGUAUCGACUGCGUCUUCCACUUGAAACCAUAGAUACACGUGGUGCAGAUGCAGCUCCUAAAAAUUAUGGCCGUUUCUCGUGGCCUGAUUCGUCGUCACGCGAAGGUAACGAGAAGAGAAACUCUGGAAGCAAAUCAUCACAUCAAUCAUUGUUCAAUCGAAAUUUCAAUUCACAAGCAUCUCUUGAAGCCACUUUCAAGGCUUACCAAAGAGGAAAUUCCUACGAUGCAGACGUCGAAGAAGCGAUCAGAAAAUGGGAAGAGUGGGGCAAGCUGAUAGGGAAAAGCACUUCAACGAACACCAAGCAAAACAACAUAGAGCCCAUUAGGUCUGCUAACACUGUCACCACGGCCCCAGUAAAGCAAACCCGAUACACUACUCAAACAGUUCGGAAUAAUAUCUCUACGAUAGGUCAAACAAGACGAACGAGGCAUGAAAAUAAUUUUGCGGUCAACGCCAAAGUUAGUCAUAAGAGUUUUGUACCCAGCAAUGUUCAAAGCACUUUGGAUCUCUUAAACAUUAACAACAAUAACCAACCUAAUAAUCGCAACAAAUUAGUGUCAUCAAACAGCACCAGACUCGUUUUGACUGAUAGUGGUUCUUCUCAUAUGAUUGAUAAGAAAUACGAAGUGUCUAAUGUUGUUGAUGCCCUAAAAAUAGUUGUUGAUGCCCUCGAAAAUUCUGCGAGCGGUGAAAAAAUUUAUUUAAAGAAGCCCCAAGCGCAGCAACCAACAAUUUUGAACUAUCAAUUGGCUUCACAGCAGCCUGUCCAGCAGAGUAAACUUAAACAUUUUGGAGAAGAGUGGACCCCUUUGUUCUAGACUAUAUUUUAAAUACAAUUUGACGAUGAUGUACAAUAAUAAAGUUUAUCCAA